UUGAUAGGCAGAUGCAGGCAGAGAGUGUAGAAGGUAGGUUUCAAUUUUAUCCUUGGACCAUAUCCUAAAAAUUGACCCAUUAGUCAACCCCAAUGGAAGAGGAAUAUGGCACAAGUGUCUUAGGAAACCCAAGAACAUGGCCCAGGAAAAGAUUCUUGCAGCAACAUCUUCUGUGAUUAAUCAGCUGUAGAGAACCAGUUGGUGACAAGAGGCAGAUGCUGACAAAGGACCAUGUGAGACUGGAACAGUGAAAGAAGCUUUCUUAUUGUGUGGGAUCUCUGCCUCAAUCAUCAGCCUUUGCCAGUAGAAGAAGCAAAUGCUACUAAAAUGAAGACUUGUACCAAGAGCCCAAACACAGCUAAAAAUUGGUGCAUGACAUGAAUACCCUUGCACCAGGAACAGCCAACUUGUUGAAGACUUAGCCAAGACUGCAGCACCUAUGAGCAGAAUUCUUGGAAGGCAUGGAGCCACUGACCCACCAUCCUGGAAUUGAGAUAUCAUAACCACAAGUGCACAUUGAAGAUAGCUGGCAAGAUCUGGGUGUGCUCGGAAGGGAGCUGCAAGAUGCUGAAGCAGGUUUCAGUCUCAGCCUUAGACAGAGUCUUCCAUUUCUGCUGUUCCUUCUCAAACCAUUUCCAUCCAAGCAGACAAAGUGUGAUUUGGGUAGGAACCAAAUAAAAGGGCAUUGCCUCUAGCCCCAGGAAAAUGUCUCAAGUGCCCACCUUCCUCCUUGCUGUCACCCUCCAGGCCAGCUGAAAGCAGCAAUCCCAGUGACUCAUCCUUUUCGCCUAUGAGCCGGUUCAGCAUCCACCAUGCCAGAGCUGGAGCAUCUGAAUGAGCCCAGGCAACCAGCCAAUGCCAGCCGGAUCCAGAGGAACAUCCUAGAAGAACAUGUGGAGCUAUGGUGGUUCCAGGAGCCUAGGAAGUCCUUCAUUUGCUAUGGAGUAGCGGUGGCCUUGAUCCUAGCCUGUGGGGUGGGUGGCAUUGCCCUGCUCUACAGUACUAGCAGUCGCUCUGGAGAGUGGAGGCUGGCAGUGGGCACAACGCUCUGUCUGCUGGCACUCUUGGUACUACUGAAGCAGCUGUUGAGCUCUGCCAUCCAGGACAUGAACUGCAUUCGCAGACGAGAACAGGUGGCGUUACUGAAGAGCGGUGGGGCAUCUGACUGCGUUGUGCUUCUGCUGACAGCCUUGGUACUGCUGGUGUGUGGCACAGUGCUCACAGCCCUCUCUACCACCAGUGUCAGCACCAAUCCCCCAACCCCACGCCCCCUUGCCAGCAUGUUCAUCAGUGGCAUUGUGCUCACAGCCGCUGGAGGAAUUAUCCUGCUCAGCUUGUUGCUGUAUCUGACGUGGACCUCCUAUUGCCCGGCUACCUGUCAGAACCAGGGGGCUGAAAACAACAGUGCCAUCUUCACUGUAUCAGGACACGUUUCUGCCAGCCAGCAAUUUCCUCCUACCUCCAGCAUGGCGAACCUAAUUUAACCCUCAAGUGGCAACUGCUGCUGACUCUGAGAUAACUCUAACAUUGGGUUGGCAUUUGCCUUACAUGCCAUCUAACCCAAACUCAGCAAUGUGAUGGACUUUUCACAGCAGAGCAGUUAUUCUGGCAUCAUUGUUGAAGCCUGGCCUCUGAAGUUUGCUUUGGAGCACAGGGAGAUUCAAAAGAAAUGUGAAUGGAGGAAAAAAAUGGCCAUCAUUCCAAAGUGGGACUGUGCUUAUCCUACAUACUAAGGCACCUUAAAUAUGCGGAGAAGCAUCUCUCUCAGCAGUUCCACUGAAAAUGCAUUUUGGUCUAACACUGGUUUGUGAGGCAUUACCAUCUAUUUCUUUUUU